AGCUGUAAUAACCGGAUAACGGGAACCGAGCAGGAGGACGGCAGCAAAACGGAUCAGUUCAACAGUCGUAUAUGUUUAUACACAAAUACUUCAUGCUGUUGUAUAACGCGGGCCUCGGGGUUUUCCUCUAAGCGGAGCUGCUCCUUAUCCCCUCUCUUUGUCUGGUUUCUCCUCCUCGGAGGUGGAGACGGAGCGCGGCUCGGCGGAGGACCUGCACAUGUCGGCUCCGUCUGUUUCUCCGCCCUGAUAACGGCUGGAGGACGGCAGCAGCAGCAGCAGCAGCAGCAGCAGGAGGAGGAGGUGGAGAACAAUCGCCAAGCUGUAAGGAGCCUAAUAUAUAAAUAUAUAUAAACAUAUUAAUAAGGGAAGGGUGAGACAAUCAGGAGAGGAUGCGAUAAAAACAAGAGAGAAGGACAACAGUGAUGCGGCAGCCAAGGUGGGCCCAGAUUGAUGAUUUUAUGAUAUCAUCAUCCACCACCAGGACCGGACACUGAUCAUUUUAUCAGGAGGAUAAACCACAGACUGGUCGGGAAUCUGUUUAUUUCUCUGGGAUAAUCAGGAGGCGCUCUGUUUUAUUUACCAGGCUGUAUUAUUCUGAAUGAACAUCCAUAUUUAGGCCGAUGACUGACGCCAGCACAGCAGCAGAGGUGUGUGUCUGAGCAUCACUGGGAAUGAUCCACAAGCCAUUUUUUAUCUGUGCGUGAAACAAACCAGGAGAUUGAGGGGAUGCUGCCAUCAGUCCGGCUCUCAUAGAGGCUCAAAUCAGGACUGGACCUCCAGAAAUAUUUUAACCCCCUCCUCCUCAUCCGCCUCUGCUCCUCGUACACCACCCCUUCAGCGCCUAUUCACCCUAAUCAACUGAUUAUCCAUCUGUGAUUCACAAAGCCACCCACUCCAUCCAUUCAUCCAUCCAUCCUCCUUAAACGCCACUUUUACGCGCUCCGCGUCUGCAGCCGUCAUGGAGACCACUAAGCUGCCCCCGUCCAGCCCCUCCUCGCCGACCACCAGCUUCUCGGUGCCGUCCGCAGAGAAGGUGGAUGGCUUUCCGCGCAGGUCCAUGCGCAGAGCGCGGCAGAGGAGGUCCCACAGCUCGUCCCAGUUCCGCUACCAGAGCUCCCAGGUGGAGCUCACCCCGCUGCCCCUGCUCAAAGAUGCCCCGGUGGCAGAGCUACAUGACCUGUUCUGUAAGAAGCUGCAGCAGUGCUGUGUGCUGUUUGAUUUCCUGGACUGUGUGGCCGACCUGAAAGGGAAGGAGAUCAAACGUGCGGCGCUUAACGAGCUGGUGGAGAGCGUGGCCACUAGUAGAGGAGUCCUCAUUGAGCCUCUUUACCCAGAGGCUAUAAAGAUGAUCUCAGUAAACAUUUUCCGCACGCUUCCUCCCAGCGAGAAUCCAGAGUUUGACCCUGAGGAAGAUGAGCCGACUCUUGAAGCUUCGUGGCCACAUCUGCAGCUGGUGUACGAGUUUUUUCUGAGAUUCCUGGAGAGUCCAGACUUCCAGCCAUCCAUGGCCAAACGCUACAUCGACCAGAAGUUUGUCCUGCAGCUCCUGGAGCUGUUCGACAGCGAGGACCCCAGGGAGCGGGAGUACCUGAAGACCAUCCUGCACCGUGUCUAUGGAAAAUUACUGGGCCUCCGAGCAUACAUCCGCAAACAGAUCAACAACAUCUUCCUCAGGUUCAUUUAUGAAACUGAGCACUUCAACGGAGUGGCAGAGCUGCUGGAGAUCCUCGGCAGCAUCAUAAAUGGUUUUGCGCUGCCUCUGAAAGCUGAACACAAGCAGUUCCUGGUGCGGGUCCUCAUCCCGCUACAUACAGCGAAGUCCCUCUCCAUCUUCCAUGCACAGCUGGCCUACUGUGUGGUGCAGUUUAUGGAGAAAGACGCUACAGUGACUGAAUACAUCAUCAGGGGGCUGCUCAAGUACUGGCCAAAAACCUGCACCCAGAAAGAGGUGAUGUUCCUGGGGGAGAUUGAGGAGAUUUUGGACGUGAUAGAGCCGUCGCAGUUCAUCCGGAUCCAGGAGCCUCUCUUUAAGCAGAUAGCAGCCUGUAUCUCAAGCCCUCACUUUCAGGUAGCGGAGCGCGCUCUUUACUUCUGGAACAAUGAGUACAUCCUUAGUCUGAUAGAGGAGAACUGUCAAGUCAUCCUGCCACUGGUGUUCGCCACCCUCUACAGAGUCUCCAAGGAGCACUGGAACCAAACCAUCGUGUCUCUGAUCUACAACGUGCUGAAGACCUUCAUGGAGAUGAACAGCAAACUGUUUGAUGACCUCACUGCCUCCUACAAAGUGGAGAAACAGAAGGAGAUGAAGCGAGAGAGGGAGCGCGCGGACCUCUGGCGAGGCCUCGAUGAGUACCAGGAGCGCCGGAUGCAGAUGCUAACAGAGGCCGCCAGAAACCAGCGCAACCUCCAGGAGAGGGGCGAGAGAGGAGACACGCUGAGCCCUUCGUCCCUGCAGACGGCUCAGUCCGACCAGCAUGACCCUAAACCUAGCGGGGCAUCCACUGGAGCCGGAGAGAGCGCCACCUAGGUGCCACUGCACACAGGAAGGAUAAUACUGGGGAAAGGGUGGUGGGACUUGAGGUUGGUGGUGAAAUUGUUGGGAGACAGAAAAGGUAUAAAAUCAGUUCUUUUUAUCUUGUAUCAUGGAGGUGGCAGCUUCUUGUACAAAGGUGAAAUCUUUGUGACGCAAGGCUGUACCUUCUUUUUGACAGCGUUGUGUGAAACUGGUUCACUUUUAGCUGUACACAUGUCAUGUUGCAGAUCAUAACUCUAAAAAGGUGCAGACUGUCAUGUUAUUUAAAAUCCGGUUUAGUGAACUGCAGGCCGGCUGCAAAACAAGAGACAAAAUGUCUCUUUUAGUGUCUAACUCGUCUUGACAUUUGACCAACAGAGUCAUAGUCUGUACUGUGGUCUCAUCUUUAUCUUUUUAAAACGAAAGAUGCUUAUUCCUCACGUGCGUAGCACAAUACAUGAACAAAAACAGACGAGGCAAUUUCACACAAAUGUCCCAAAGCGAGCGGUGCACACAAGCAACCAUCAUACAUGUAGGUAUUUACUGUAAAUAUCAGAGGAAGGAACUACGGAGAGCGUAUGGCCGUUAGACGAAUCUCACACAACUGACUGAGACACACAGAUCCACGCAAACACGCACACACAUGCACAGAUUUACUCAGACACAAACAGCUGGUUGUGGCGCUGACUCCUCCCAAUCUCCAGGGCGGCACCAAAGGACCACCUCCAGUCCCGUUAGACUUCAAUAACAGCUGAAGAUGAGGGCGAUGACUCUGGUAUAAAGUACAAUAUUGUUCCUUCUUCUUACUUGUUACUCUACUACUACUACUCUAACUACUACUGAUGAUGAUGUUUUUAUAUAUAUAAAUAUAUAUAGAUAUACAUACGUCUGGAUAUUUCUGUAGUGUAUUAUGGGAGAAACACUAGUGUAGCAGAAACCAUAAAAGGGGAAGGCCAAGUGGAAAUCCAAAAUUUUUACGCAGUAUGAGGCCAUAAUGUGAGUGCUGAAAUUCAGCAGAAAUACCCCUUUAACAGACCUGAAAGAUGGGAGGAACGAACUGGAUUGGCAGCUGUUGUUUUUCUUUUACGUUGAAAUGUUUGACUUUUGUGGUGUGGCUCAGGUAUCUCCAAUAGACUGAAUUUAGAGUUUAACUACAAACAUAGGCAUAUGUGAGAAAAACUAAGCACAUUCUAGCUGAUUUUAUAUAAUGUAAGAGUAAAAGUAGCAGCUAAUAAAAUACACUUGAUGAACUGGUCAGUAGUGUGUGUGAACAUCUUUAUAAAGCAGGAGUUUUAUCAGCUUUUCGGUCUGGAGCAUAUGGGUCAAAGACUAUGCCAUUUUCAAAAUUGUACUUACAAUUAUAUUACCUACUACAAGAAUAACAGAAAAACCCAUGAGCUCUAUCUCAGUCUCUACAGGUCUCAGUUAGCAUUUAAAUUUGAUGUUUGGAAGGGUUUCCAACACAGAAAGCUUCUCCUCUAAGAUGAAUGUCAUAGCAAGACCUGGGUUUGCAACAAAACCCAUCUGAAUAAAAACCGAUCAUCUGGAACAUUGUAUGAGACCAAUGUGAGAGCUCUGUGGCCAUAAUGGACAGCAUCAUGUUUGGUGAAAACUAAACACAGCAUAUUAUAACAAACACCUCAUACACACUGUCAAAUGUGGUGGUGGCUCACUUAACAGUCACAGGACCUGGACACCUUGCAGUCAUUGAGCUGACUAUGAACUCUUAAAACUGAAGUAUUUUGGAGUCAAAUGUGAGACCGUCUGUAAAACCCCUGGAGCUUGGCCCCAACUGGGCCAUCAACAGUACAAUGAUCCCAAACGCAGCAGCAAAAUAAUAACAGAAUGCCUACAAAGGAAAAUAAUCAAUGGUGCAAUGGCCCUGUCAAAGUCCAGACCUCAACCUGAUUAUAUAUUACUAUGUUAUAGUAGGACCUUAAAAGACUGUUAAGAAAGGUGGACCAGUAUUCCUCCACAAUGAUGUGAGAAACCAAACACUUAUAGUUAUUGGAGCUAAAGAUGGUUCUUUAAGUCACUGAAUCAUAGGGUGUACUUAGUUUUUUCCAAAGUGUUCUCUUCCAUUUUAAAUAUAGCACUGCUUUUGUAUUAAUGUAAUUGCGAUUUUCCACUAGACCCUACUCAGCGCAGUUUGGUACACCUCCACUGGCUUUUCCAUUAGUAACGAUUACGUGGAACCAUUACUGUUUUCAGUACCUGCUUGCUUGCAGUUCCAACCAUGUCAAGUCGUGCUGAAAACACGAUGAUCACUGACUGGUUAGAGGAUGGCAUCACUAGUCGCGGGAUACAUAUAGUAAAUAUUUUCUUCAACUGUUAAUUCGUUGUACGCUUAUUGUGUACGCUUAUUGUGUAUAUUGUGUAUAUGGCCACUGUAGCAAGCUAGUAUUAGGUAGCGUUAGCUUAACUUACCCUCACACAUCCUUUAGCUUGUGCCGCUCCAGGUCUUCCCUUUCUCUCCUAGACUUAUCCAUUGUUUUUUGUCUUGCAGCCUGCAGGCUUCUUUGGUUCUUCUUUCACUCUGAGUCUGACAAAGCUAUAGACCAAGCAGCAGAUCCUCCAUUGUUGUUGUGUUUGUGUCACUACAAAUCAUAUAAUGUUACUUUUUCGAACUGUGGAGUCGCCUUACUAUUGACGAUCCCACCUACACUGAGAUGGUCCUAGGUUAAAAUGGAAAACGAACCAAACCGUGUAGAGUGGACCUGACCUGACGAACCGCUGAGUAGGUACUAAUGGGAAAGGGGUAUUAGUUAGCUAUUUAUCUUCUUCACUGCCUUUGUGGAUGAAGUACAACCUUCUCUCUCCUGCUUCCAGCUGGUAAAUUUGUGUAAAUGCAGCUUUAGGCCAAUGUGUUAAAAAAAGGUUUGCUGUUCUAUUCUCAUACAGAUGAGCUUCAAACAAUAACAAUAGUUGUAAUAAUGCAGUGCACUUAAUUUUAUCAAAAAAUAAACACAAGCAGGACUAUGACAGCGGUGUUACAGGUGAAUAAAUGAAGCACACCACAGAGAUUUCAAACUAAAAGACAAAAAGGCUGCAAUCUGUUUGGAUUUCCGAACCUGGAGCGUCUGUACGUUUGGCUGACCUGAAGUUGCUAGAGGGUGAUGGUGGAGACAACUUCAUUGUGAAUCAACAAAAUCAUUGUUCAUUAUUGUCUGAUCAUUAAGAUAGAGUAGUGGAGUGAAGAGAGAAAAACAGAAAAAAGUUAUUUUAGCAAUAUUUUCAUUCUUUCAGGAUAAUCUGUGUGUUUGUAGGGAGUCAGACAGGAUAAAAAAAAUCGGUUGUUUUAUCUCCUGUUGCGUCUGUAAUAUUCACAUUGUCUUAAGGUACAUUAUUUGUAAAUUUGUUUGAUGAUAAAUGAUUUGCUUUGUAAUUAUGUUGUUUAUUUUAUUGUCUUUUUGAAUGACCUUGUUUAUUUUGUGGGGGAAAAAACACUUCUCUUGCUAUUUAUUUUCUAUUUGAUCAGGAAAUUUUACCUUAUUUGGAGGUGAUGUUCAGGAUGUGAGUGAGUGAGUGAGUGAGUGAAUGUGUGUGUUGGUGUGUUUCCAGCGAGAGAAUCGGUGAGAAGAAGACGAGCGUAGACAGAGUGAUAGAGAAUGAGAGGAAGCGGUUAUCUCUUUAUUUCGUUUUCUCUCUCCUCUCCUUUUUUUGAGGGUAGGGGUUUAAUUCUCGAAUGUAUCGCACGAUGUAACUGAUUGUUUCCUUUUUUUAACGCUAAAAACGCAGAGCUACCUGUCAGCUGCUUGUGACAAACAUUCAGAACCCUUCUAAACACACAUCUAAUCAAGCCUGAAUCAACAAAGUUGUGAAAUUCAUUUUAUUUGCAGGUUUAGGAGUAGUUUCCACUUCAAUGGGGUGGAGAAAGAUUUUAAAUAUAGUCAUGAAUGCUCACAUUUUCUCUCUGCGCUCUGUUGAGCUUGAUUCUUCACACAGCUCUUUUUAGCAUCAGUAUGGUAGUGCUGCCUUUUAUCUUAUUUAUAACACCAAAAUGAAGCUUAGUUCAGCCUAAUCAUUUGAUUCCAGUUCAUUGAAAACAUCAUCCUGCAGCCGGUGCUGGUCAUUUAGCCACCUAACCAUUUCAUACCAUUGCAGUUUUGGUUGUUUUAUACCACACUUUUUCAAUCAGAAGAUGGUGAAGUCUAUCACAGAACAUUUGCUCAUAGUAAACUGGGCUCAUAAUCUGUCUUACUUCACGAGGGUCAACCAGCCCAAAUUCAGAGCAGAACCAACAUAUAUUAAAACAGGGUGUAAUAUAAAGUUUUCAGAUAUUAUUAUAUAGUUAAAUGAAAUUAUAUGUGAGAUUUGAGCAUUUUUAUGACUGAUGAUUUGUCUGGAAAAAAUCAUGAAAAUACUACAAUGAAACAUAAACCGAGGGUUUGCUAAUUUUUUGUGUGUUUUGAUGUCCAAUUGAUCCUUAAUUUGGUAGAAACUGUUAAUUAGAAAAUAGCACAUAGACAAUAAGUAUAAAUGUAGGUAAAUUGUAUGUAAAUUUUCUAAAUUUGGCCUAAUUUGACAUACCUCUAACCACUAGAUGGUGGCAAAGGGUUUUUCAAUAUACGAAAUGAAUUUAUGAAAUGUUUUAAUAUUCAUCAGCAGACAAAAUUGGUAUAAAUAUGCCAUCCUGGCUGUCUGGUGGUUUGAGGUGAAUUUGUAGCACCAGUCCACAAGGGCGUAAAGUAAAUGGGUAGAAAAUGUUGUGUUUACAGGUAAGAAGUGGAUGUAGGAAAGGAGGAACUGGCAAAGCUUUGGUAUGAAAUGAGGGUACAAAUUGGUGAAGAGGCAAUUUGACUUAGAGCUGCAGUCUGAACAAACACCCUAAACUUAGAUAUGAAAUCUAAUUGCAUGCAAUAAAAUCCAGCACCUUUUAAUUUGAUUUCAAAUACAGUCAAGCUACAUAUAUUAGUGGAAUCACGCAUUCCACUAAUAUAUGUAGCUCGACUGUGUUAAGCUUGAGCAUAUAGUGAAGGUUCAUCAUAGCACCUAUUGUUUCUGAGUUUUAGAUUUUGACCUCUCUGGUAAAAUGUUGACUGCUGAGGCAACUCUACAGAACCCCACUUCCAAAUAAAACCAGAAGUAGCCCUUUAAGAUUCUGGAUCAUAGUAAAACUCUCCAGAAGUAAAACAGUAUGCAUUAAAUCAUAACUUUUGGGCUUCAUAUCUCUCAACUUGACAAGGGGAAAUGUAAUUAUUUCAAAACAAAGACAGAAGGAUUGUUGUAAUCCUAUUAUAACUUUCAUAAGUGAGGAUGUUUUAUCUAAAUAUUGCCCUCUUGGUUUAUACACUGUUUUUAUUAUUAGACAACAAAAUGUAACGUUAAAAACAAUUCUCAUUAGAUGUCUUUACAGGAAAUACUUUAUGGAAUAUGUUUAAACAACAAGAAGGAAAUUGGUCUGCAGGUGCUAAUUCUGUCGUUUCCUUACAUCUGUCACGAUCAGUUCUGACCCGGUCUGUCAAACAAGUCCAUUCUUGGUGCUGUAACAAAUACAAUAGUUUAAAUAUCUCUUAUCUAGAUACCAGAAAUGAACACAAGGGGUCAUUUGGAAACAUUUAAUUGGAUUUUAAACUUUGUCCUGAUUCAGGAAAAGUAAAGAUGAAAACACAACUGAUACAAACCAAAACAAAAGCAUCACUUUUCUGGCAUAACAUUUUUUUUUUUAACUUGUUUUGGCUUUUGGCUUGCUCACAAAAAAAAAAACAACAACUGCACUUUUGGUUGUUUCUGUCUCCAGGAAAACAAAACCCCACCUCUUACUGUUCUCAGAUUUUCAGAGCAUUUGAUUAACAAAGACAUCUCUUAGUUUUUUUAACUUGUUGACCUUAUUCCAGGUCCAAAACAAACAGCGAGAGAGGAGGGGGGAGUGUUUUCAGAACGCUCUGGUAUCACCCAACAGGCAGACAUUUCAUGUUGAUUUCACUGACUGUCAUGUUUUUACUUUUUGGCCAUGCUUAUUGGGCCAAAGUACUUUAAAAAAUGCUUUAAAUCAAAGGGGUGACGUCAUGGGACUGAAUGACAACAUGCAGUAAAGAAUUAAACAAGAGGAGGAGGAGAAAGCUAGUUAGAAGGAAGGAGUUUAUAAAUGAAAGCAUGGCAAUAAGUCAGAGCAACAGAACGAGAAUAUAAUGUUAAUAAAAACUACAACCGCAUUACGUAGCAAUUUCACAGAACUUCUAGAUUUGCACUGUUUGCCCAAUGAUCUGUGUUUGUUUUGUUGAUGAUAAAAACAAUAGAGAGGAUGACAAGAGAGGUUGGAAAAGAUGUAUAUUUUGGGGACCAACACAUCAGUGGGUGGGUGGGGUUGGAUGUAGAAAUGCUUACUACUGUACGUAAUAACAUAACAACAGGGGGAUGUAGACUGGAGAAAAAAAACAUCUAUGUGCUAAAAAAACAAAAUGAACUUUCACUUUGAGAAAACA